AUGGAUAUCAGUCAUUUAAUAACAGGUGCACAAUCAUCUGAUAACCACACUAGAGAGUCUGCUGAGGCACAGCUAUUACAAUGGUGCGAUUCAGAUGCCUCUCAAGUGUUCACAUCAUUGGCAAACGUGGCCUUGCAUCACCAAACUUCUCUACAGUCGAGGCAAUUUGCGUUGUUGUCCUUAAGGAAACUGAUAACCAUGUAUUGGAGCCCUGGAUUUGAAUCCUACCGUUCUACUUCGAACGUUGAUUUGAAUGUCAAAGAGUUCAUUCGCGAGGCUUUACUGAAAUUAUGCUUGAAUGCCAAUGAAAAUACUAAGAUCAAAAACGGCGCUUCUUACUGCAUUGUCCAAAUAUCAGCUGUUGAUUUUCCGGAUCAAUGGCCACAACUUUUAACUGUCAUUUACGAUGCUAUCUCACAGCAGUACUCACUAAAUGCAAUGUCUUUGUUAAAUGAAAUUUAUGAUGACGUUGUCUCUGAAGAAAUGUAUUUCGAAGGCGGGAUUGGUUUAGAGACAGUAACAAUUAUUUUCAAAGUCUUGACUAUGGAAACUUCCAAUCUUGUAGCUAAGAUUGCUGCCUUAAAACUUUUCAAAGCAUGCCUUUCACAAAUGAGUUCGCACGAUAGACAUGACGAUGAAUCAAGAAAUAACUUUAUCAUCCAGUGCUUGUCUACUUCGUUACAAAGGUUAGGGCAAUUAUUAACCUUGGAUUUGGUCAAUGAAGAUGUUAUUUCUCAAUCAAAGUUCAGAUCCAUAAUAUAUGAGAAUUUAGUGUUUAUCAAAAAUAACUUCUCUAAAAAGCAUUUCCCAAAGGAAUUGCAAGUACAGUUUAAGCUUAUAGCAGUCGAAGAUUUAAAAAACAUUGCCUUUGUGAAUGUAAAUGGCAAUCCUACUGAAAAUGAAGACUUUCUAGAAACAGUCCAAACUUGUUCUGUUUAUAUUGUGGAAUUCUUAACAACUGUCUGCGCGAUUCCAUUUACUAUUGAAGAGGUGAAACUUAUUAUACAGUCUUUAACCACCCUAUGCCGAGUGGAUUACGAUACAACCCAAUUAUGGAUAGGCGAUUUUAAUUCCUUUGUAUCCAAGGAGACCGGCUUAGCAGCAUCGUAUAACGUUAGGGACCAGGUUUCUGAAUUUUUUACUUCAUUAUCAGAUCCAAAUUUGUCCUUAAUGUUUGAUAUUGUUUUCCAAGAUAUCGAAGAAAAUAUUACCAAUUACAAAUCCUUAGAAUCUCUUUUAUAUUUAUUACAGUGUAUCCUGCUUAACGAUGAUGAGAUAACCAGCCAAAAUAUUACUCAAUCUUCGCAAUCCAUGAUAGAAAACUUGCGGAAUGAAUUAAUAUCACCAGAAAUAGACGAAUUGACGUUGGCGCGUUUAAUCUUAAUUAUUCCCAAAGUUUUAGAUAAGUUUAUCGAUGUCUUACCAGAUAUCAAAUCCUUGACAUCAAGCUUUUUAAAAGCAAGCUUAGAUUUGGCAUUAAAGUAUUCUCAAGAGCUUGUUAAAUCCGCUGUAUUAAUAGCAUUUACCUACUACUGUUAUUUUGCAGAGCUAAACUCGGUUCUUGGCCCAGAAGCUUGCACAGAAGUUCAAGAAAAAAUAAUUCAAAUCAUCAAUGAGAUUAGCGAUGAUGCUGAAGAAGACACUAAUGGAACCAUCAUGGAAGUACUGAAUGAAGUGAUCAGCUGUAAUACCAAAGAGUCUCAUCAUGAGGAACAAGUUUUACAAGCAGAAUUUCAUUUAGUGUUUACAAUUUCAUCCAAGGAUCCUGCCAAUGUACAAGUUGUUGUCCAAAGUCAAGAAUGUUUGGAGAAGCUGUUGGAUAACAUUACUAUGGAAAAUUAUAUGAGUUACAUUGAACUGUGCCUCCCAUCAUUUAUCAACGUCCUGGAAGCCAAUAGUUCGAACAACUAUAAAUACUCACCAUUGUUAUCACUAGUCUUAGAAUUCAUUACUGUCUUUUUGAAGAAAAAACCUAUUAAUGGAUUUUUACCAAAUGAAAUAAAUCAACACUUGUUUGAACCAUUAGCUAAAGUAUUGGCGUACUCGACUGAAGAUGAAACACUGCAAUUAUCCACGGAGGCAUUUAGCUACCUAAUCUUGAACACGGAUACCCAGGUUAUGGAAUCAAGACUAAUGGAUAUCAUGAAGGUUUUAGAAAGGUUGUUGUCUUUGGAGGUAUCAGACUCGGCAGCCAUGAACGUCGGGUCAUUGGUGGUUACCAUCUUUACAAGGUUUUCAGGAGAGAUUCAACCAUUGGUUGAGAGAAUUCUGCAAGCCGUCGUGGUAAGAUUGGUUAAAGCACAGAACAUCUCCACUCAACAAAACCUGUUCUCGGUGUUGUGCUUUUUAACAUGCAACGAUCCUAAACAAACAGUAGAUUUCUUAUCCAGUUUUCAAAUUGAUAACAUAGAUGCUCUAUCAUUAGUGAUGCCAAAAUGGAUGGAAAGCUUUGAAAUCGUCAGAGGUGAAAGGAGAAUCAAAGAAAAUAUUAUUGCCUUGAUCAAACUUUUCUUCCUAGACGAUGCGAGGUUGCAUAAACUGACGGUCAAUGGCGACUUAAUACCGUAUGAUGGCGACCUGAUCAUCACAAGAUCAAUGGCCAAGAAAAUGCCAGACAAAUACGUGCAAGUUCCACUCUACACCAAGAUCAUCAAACUUUUUGUUUCCGAAUUAGGAUUCCAAAACAAACAGCCUAAUCCAGAACAAUUGAUCACGACUGAUAUCACGAAAGAUGCGGCAAACAACGACAACGACGACCACGAUGACGACGACGAUGAUGAUUGGGAAGACGUGGACGACGUGCUAGACUACGAGAAAUUAAAGGAUUAUAUAGGCGACGACGUGGAUGGAGGAGAAGAGGACGACUCUGAAGAUAUCACAGGGCUCAUGGACGUGAAGGAAUCCGUUAUGGAGAUUUUAGUAGGGUUUUUCAAAGAAGUUGCCAGCAAAGAUGUUAGCGGUUUCCACUGCAUCUACGAAUCUCUGUCUGACAACGAACGCAAAGCCCUUUCAGAGGCUCUUUUAUAG